AUGUCAGGCCUAGUGGGUGCUGUGGAUCGAGAAACAGCCUAUGAGAAGGCAUGGAAAUAUCUUGGUUAUCGGGAAUACUCACGAUUCUUGGGCUCACAUGCAAAUUUCCUUCAUGUUCGCCUUUUCCGAACCCUAAAUGCUCGUGUUCUCCUGGCCAUGCAGGACUACAUUAUUGAGCUCGAAGUUGAACUAGACAAGCUGGACUUGGAGGUUGCCCAGCCCUCUGCGCCUGAUAAACACAAUGGGUCUUUCCGACAGGAGACAUCGACGAAACGCAUGGAGCUAGUAUGGGAGUUGCAGAAAAGACUCAAGGCUUACAACGAAUACAUUUCUACGUACUCUCAGCUAUCCAAGCGACGCGCUGUUUACCAUAGGGACACUACGAGCGUGAAAAAUUGGCUGAGAGGCUGGCCGAACGCUAUUCACGACGAGGAGACGGGAUAUCUUGACCAUACAAGCGAUCUAAUUUAUGUUACUGAGAGAGAUGACAGCUAUGUUAGUCGAAGACCGCAGCGACUUUUCCUUACAGGUCGCACCUGGCUCGCACGGCGGCCAUCGGGCGAUGAUAUGCGCUACAUUGACAGUGGCACCAUUCUACUCGAUGAAGAGAAGACAGCUAAGCUGUAUACCUGGGCCAUGUUGGUCCUGGGAUUGGCAAUGGUCAUGGUACCUCUAUGGGCUUUGGCCUUUGUGGAUGGGAAGGUUCAUAAAUUGAUCAUCAUCACCUGCUUCAUUUUCGCAUUUCUUGUGUUUACGGCAUUCGUUACGACUGCGCGACCGUUUGAAGCCCUAGGAGCGACUGCAGCGUAUGCGGCACUGCUUGUCGUUUUUUUGCAGGUGACACCGUAG